AUGGAUGAGAGCACCUUCAACGGUCAUAAAGACAAGUGGAACGAGAAGCUCCAGGCUUGGGUGGGCCACGGUGAUGGUUACGGGUGCUACUUACAAGGAAUAAGCGAUUAUAAUGUCAUUUUCACAUAUGACGACCCUCCUGGCUACAAGGACUUGGACACCGGAACUUAUAACUUCACGAUUGACCACGUCAUCCAGGGAAGCUACAAUAGCUUUGUGACUGGAGGAUUCAAUUAUACUCCACCGGUGGAUACAAAUGUUGAUACAACCUUGAAAUGGUCUUAUUCGGACAUUAUGGAGAGGAAGAUCUACACUCAGCCGGGAAUGUUCAACCUGUUGAUUUGCGACCCGUCAGAUGAAUGGUCCAUCUCCAAAUUCUACGAGAACAUGGACUAUCCUGGAUACGGCUACACUGCUAGGUAA